GGCGGAGGAGAGGGAGGCGGGAGCGGGGCCGCGGGAGCAGGGGAGGUGCCGGGGGCGCGCGCGCGCGCUGGGCGCUGCUGGGCUGCGGCGGCGGCGGCGGUGGUUACUAUGGCGGAGUCGGCCGGAGCCUCCUCCUUCUUCCCCCUUGUUGUCCUCUUGCUCGCCGGCAGCGGCGGGUCCGGGCCCCGGGCAAUCCAGGCUCUGCGGUGUGCGUGCACCAGCUGCCUACAGGCCAACUACACAUGUGAAACAGAUGGGGCCUGCAUGGUUUCCAUUUUCAACCUGGAUGGGAUGGAGCACCACGUGCGCACAUGCAUCCCCAAAGUGGAGCUGGUCCCCGCCGGGAAGCCCUUCUACUGCCUGAGCUCCGAGGAUCUGCGCAACACCCACUGCUGCUAUACUGACUUCUGCAACAAGAUUGACCUGAGGGUGCCCAGUGGUCACCUCAAGGAGCCUGAGCACCCUUCCAUGUGGGGCCCUGUGGAGCUGGUAGGCAUUAUUGCUGGCCCAGUGUUCCUCCUGUUUCUCAUCAUCAUCGUUUUCCUUGUCAUUAACUAUCAUCAGCGUGUCUAUCACAACCGCCAGAGACUGGACAUGGAAGAUCCCUCGUGUGAGAUGUGUCUCUCCAAAGACAAGACGCUCCAGGAUCUGGUGUACGAUCUCUCUACAUCAGGGUCUGGCUCAGGUUUGCCCCUUUUUGUCCAGCGCACAGUGGCCCGAACCAUCGUUUUACAGGAGAUCAUUGGCAAGGGCCGGUUUGGGGAGGUGUGGCGUGGCCGCUGGAGGGGUGGUGAUGUGGCUGUAAAAAUUUUCUCCUCCCGUGAAGAACGGUCCUGGUUCCGGGAAGCAGAGAUCUACCAGACUGUCAUGUUGCGGCACGAAAACAUCCUUGGGUUUAUUGCUGCUGACAAUAAAGAUAAUGGCACCUGGACGCAGCUGUGGCUUGUCUCAGACUACCAUGAGCACGGCUCCCUGUUUGAUUAUCUUAACCGGUACACGGUGACAAUCGAGGGGAUGAUUAAGCUGGCCUUGUCUGCUGCUAGUGGGCUAGCACACCUGCACAUGGAGAUCGUGGGUACCCAAGGGAAACCUGGAAUUGCUCAUCGAGACUUAAAGUCAAAGAACAUCCUAGUGAAGAAAAAUGGCAUGUGUGCCAUUGCAGACCUGGGCCUGGCUGUCCGUCAUGAUGCCGUCACUGACACCAUUGACAUUGCCCCAAAUCAGAGGGUGGGGACCAAACGCUACAUGGCCCCUGAAGUACUUGAUGAAAGCAUAAACAUGAAGCACUUUGACUCCUUCAAAUGUGCUGAUAUCUACGCCCUGGGGCUUGUAUAUUGGGAGAUUGCCCGGAGGUGCAAUUCUGGAGGAGUCCAUGAAGAGUAUCAGCUGCCAUAUUAUGACUUAGUGCCGUCUGACCCUUCCAUUGAGGAAAUGCGAAAGGUCGUGUGUGACCAGAAGCUGCGUCCCAACAUCCCCAACUGGUGGCAGAGUUAUGAGGCCUUACGGGUGAUGGGAAAGAUGAUGCGAGAGUGUUGGUAUGCCAACGGCGCGGCCCGCUUGACCGCUCUGCGCAUUAAGAAGACCCUCUCACAGCUCAGCGUGCAGGAAGAUGUGAAGAUCUAACCUUGCUCCCCUCCCCCUACAUGCAGCCCUGGGCCUCGAGAACCAUUCCCAGAGCUGCUGUGCUGAGUAUCCGGUGGAGGCCUACCUCUCAUUUCUGCCCAGCCCUCUGUGGCCAGGAGUCCUGGCCCGUAAGAGGGUCAGAGCCCGGGAGACUCGCUCACUCCCAUGUUGGGUUUGAGACACAGACACCUUUUCUAUUUACCUCCUAAUGGCAUGGAGACUCUGAGAGCGAAUGGCGUGGAGAACUCAAUGCCACAACUUGAACUGGGUGCAGCGGGAAGGCCUACAAAACCCGGUGCAUCUGGCGGAUAGCCAGGAGUGGUGACAGAGGCGGCCUGGGAGGACCCAGGAGAAACCACGUGUUGCCAGUGCUAAACAGCACUGAGGGUUUUCCUCCAGGGACCAACCCCAGCACACCGAGGUGGCCCCGAGGAACCAGAAGUGCAGCCCCCUCACAGGCAGCUCUGGGCCACCAGCUCCCUCCACUCUUGCACGGACAUCCAGGGGGAGUGCUGGUGGAGACAGGGUCUGCCGCCUGUCUGUCCAGCCUGUGUGUGCAUGUGCCGAGGUGCGUCCCCUGUUGUGCCUGGUCUGUGCCACGUCCUUACACAUGGUGUGUGUGUGUGUGUGUGUGUGUGUGUGUGUGUGUGUGUGUGUGUGUGUGUGUCUGUGUCUGUAGGUGCACAAUACCUGCUUGAGCUUUCUGUGCAUGUGCAGGUCGGGGGUGUGGUUGUCAUGCCGUCUCUGCGUGCUGGUGCCUCUAUUCUGUAGUGAGCAGUGUCUAGUUUCCCAGGUGCCCUUCCCGGAGGUCUCUCCCCACCCCACCCCCAGCCCCCUCAUACCUCGGUGGUGCUCCCUUCCCAGCAGGCUGCUCUGCCUACCCUGUGUCAACACAGCUCUCCUCCAUUUCAGACUGUGGAGCCAAAGCUGGCCCAGUUGUCCAUGGCAGGCAAGGCUUUGGGGUCCAAAUGUGAGGAGGGGGUGGGGUGGGCAGGGGAAGAAUCUUGGCCGAAGUCUCGGGUGCUGUGGUCAGCGGCAGUCAUGGGAAGUGAGCCAGCCCAAGGGCAUCGUCCUCAGCAGCACCAAGAAAGGGCCAAGGAAUUUGAAGCCCAGAUCCUGGGACUCAGAUUGGAAUGUCACAUAUGUCUUUCAUAUCCCAGAUUCUGGAAACAGCAGUGUAUAUUUUUGGUGGUGGUGGGUUUAGGGUGGGGAAGGGAAAAGGAAGGUGGGCAAGGAGUGGGGGGGGCUGGGGUGGGAGGGAGGCAUCUGCAUGGGUCUUUUCCUGGAUAAUCUCCUCAUGGUGGAGGGAAGAUGUGAGGCUGGUACCCACUUCAGGGGCCCUUCGAAGGGCACAGCCCAAGCCAAACCUGUUACUUAACCAGAAUACAGUACUUGACAACAUCUAGAAGCAUGGUGGUGGGUGCUGGUUUGGUCAGAGUAUCUUAGGUACAUAAUAACUUUGAAGCCAUAACUUUUAACUGAAGUGGUUUGGGAUUUUGUUUCUAUUUUUUAUUUUAUUUUAUUGGAAGGGUCUGGAUUUUAACUUUUUUUAAUAUUAUUAAGUUUUUAUAAAAGGAAAACCAUCUCUGUGAUGAUUACCUCUCAAUCUCCUUGUUUUUAAAGAAAUCCCUACAAAAAAAAAAGAUGCUCCCUUCAAAUGCACAGCCAUCACACUGGAAAGUAUGUCCUUUUCCCCCAACCCCCAAGCCUGCUCCCGCCCAGCAGCUAGAGCUCCUCCUUGCCCUGGAGGUUAGUUGCUCUUGCAUUAUGCCCCCCACCCUCCAGUUCCCUGAGUGGUUUUUGUGCCAAGGCCCUGGGCUUUGUGCAUUGUUCAGCUAGUUGCCCCUCCUCCAGGCGUUUAGUUAACAAAUGUUUGUUGGGUGCCAGGCCCUGGAAAUAUGUCUGUGAACAAGACAGGCUUGGGUUCUACUCUUGGAGCAAUGAAGAAGCUGGUUCAGGUUAGUGGGUGCCUGUUUUGAGACCAGUAGUUUUCAUAGUUGAGCCUGAAAUGAUUGCUCUUACAGAAGACCACUGAGGAGAAAGUGUGCGCCCCCGCCACCUGAGAGACUGGUGGUAGGCAACGAGACCCCAAUCACUACAUUCAUUCUGAGUCUCCUUCCUUCCCUCAGAGGGGGCAUAUUAUGUUCGCAGCCUGUGAGCAUCCCUGUCUCCAGCCCAGCAGUUCUCUCCCAAAGCUCACAGAGAAGAGGGGAGAGCCCUCUCCCUGCUUACAUCGUUCUCCCCAACACCUCUGGCCUGCCUAUUUAUUUUCCUGAUGUAUGCUUCUUUUCUUGCAUUAAAGGAGAUCUUCUCCUAAUCCUUUGGGCCAAUUUAAUGGCUACUGACUGAUUUCCCUUGAAUACCAGUUGUAUCAUUAGGGGGACCUUUUUUCCCCACCCCUGCUGGCCUCCCACCUGUCUGCCCUGCAGCAGAACCUGGCAGGUUAUAGAUGGUGAUGGAACCCACACUCCUCUGCCCCAGUCACAACCAGCCUCCGGGAUCUGUCAACACUCCUCGAAGCGGGGACCCCCAAGCUACUAGCCCAUUCCCCAGGUGGCCCUUCUGUCCUUACACAGUCCAGUUCCUCCACCUCUGGGGAAGACUGAGCAGUUUUUUGGGAAGUUCCCAGCCCCUCCCCUGCCACUCUUAACACCAAGAAUCAGGAGUUAGAGAACUGGGGAGAAAUUAAAGCCUAAAGCUGUGGUUUUGGGCCCCCUGAGGCUAAACCUGAUCCAUAGGGCUACCUGCACCUCUGGAUUCUGGAUUCACAGACCAAGUUCAAGCCCGUUCUUACUGUCGCCGUUAAGGCCCCCGAACGGCAUUCUCGGUACUUCUGUUUGUUUUUGUACAUUUUAUUAGAAAGGACUGUAAAAUAGCCACUUAGACACUUUACCUCUUCAGUAUGCAAGUGUAAAUAAGUUGUAAUAUAGGAGAUCUUUUGUUUUAAUAUAAGAAUGAGCCUGUCCAAUUUCUGCUGUACAUUAUUAAAGUUUUAUUCACAGA